AUGAAUAGGCUCGCACGUGUCGCAGCAGACUCGGUCGGCGCCUCUCGAUGCAUUUCUAUCAAGAAGUACCCCGACGGCAUGUUCAACAAAGCAUUCCUCAUGUCCAUGGACGAUGGCCGAGAAGUCAUAGCCAAGGUGCCUAACCCGAAUGCUGGCGUCCCACACUUGACUACGGCCAGUGAAGUCGCCACUAUGGACUUUGCCAGAAAGGUUCUUGAGACACCAGCGCCUCGCGUAUACUCAUGGAACUCGCAGGCAAGCUCACACCCUGUUGGCGCUGAAUUUAUCAUCAUGGAUAAAUUCGAGGGUGUUCCGCUGUCUCAAGUCUGGGGCACCUUGAAACUACCCCAGAAGCUUCAAUUGCUUCUUGCCAUGACACAUCUCCAGAAGCAAUGGCUGAGCGUUUCAUUCUCGCAUUAUGGUAGCUUGUACUAUACAGGAGACGUGCAGCCACCAGCAGACAGCUACUACGUCAAGGAUGGCAAGGUCAUCAGAGACCCAGAAUUUGCUAUUGGCCCGGCUACAGGCCGGGAUUGGGUUGAUGCAGACCGAUCAAUUUUGGACAUCGAGAAAGGGCCAUGGGCUUCUCUAACGCAGUAUCUGCAAGCAGUCGGGGCACGAGAGACAAAGGCAAUCCAGUCUUUGAAACCUCCGAAACAGAUUGCCUUAUUUUGUGGCCCAAAACUCUACCGACCAGACAAAGAAAAGAAGAGUAUUGCUCUAACAUGGUACCGACAAAUCAUCGAUGCCCUUAUCCCAAAGGAUACUGCCAUCACCAGCCCCUGCCUCUGGCACAACGAUUUGCACGAUGACAACGUCUUCGUAGACCCGCAUAAUCCCGAAAAAAUUACGGGCAUCAUCGACUGGCAGUCUUGCCACAUUUCGCCCCUCUUCAACCACAAUCCCGACCCGGCCUUCCUCGACUGGGGUGGCCUUGAGCCUGAGACUCUCGAUCUGGCACCACUGCCGAAACUCUCUGGGCUUUCUCCAGAAGAACGAUCUGCGGCUGUGCACGAAUAUACCAUCCAAAAUGUGUUAAUUGGAUGGCGGAAGCUCAUGCAUGCCAAAAACCCAGAUCUAUAUCGAGUAGUCGAGUUUAGAAAGACGGCAGCCUACGGCCUGAUAUUUCUUGCCCACCGAAUGUUCGAAUACGGCGAGGCACAUUUCCAAUCGCUUCUAGUCGAUCUGAAGGACACGUGGACGGACUUACCUGCCGUGAGCAGCGACAUCCCAUUCCCAUUUGACUUUUCGGAAGAAGAUUCUGAGCGUAUUAAACUAGAUAGCGAUGGUGCAGUGGCAGGGACUGAGCUUGUUGCGGAGGUCAAAGAGAGAAUGGGGGAUUUGUGGCCAGACAAAGGUUUCAUCGAGCACGAGCGAUAUGAUGAUUGCAAAGCUAUGCUCGACGAAGUCAAAGGUCAGAUAUUGGAGCAAUUGGCUGAGACUGAUGAGGAAAAGGCUGAGUACGAGCGUUUUUGGCCGUUCGAUUGA